CCGGGCGUGGCCCUCUAGUUCUUCGAUGGCCACAAGACCAAGAACGCCCAUCCGGGGAACACCUUAUCUAUAAACUCGUCCUGCCCUUCCCAGCUUGCAGGAAUGCACUGGCGAGAUUAUCUGGAUGCGCAUGUGCGUCCAACCGAAAACGUCUCUUCUUGCUACAAGAUAUAAGGUGGGAAUGCGACUCUACGAGGGCCACCUUCUGCUCGUCCUUUCGACUGAGGGUUAGACGCAGAAUGGCACGCUUCGCUCUCCCUCUGGUCGUGCUCGCGCUUGCCUUCGUCGUGUCGGCUGCUCCUAUUGCUCAGAUAAAGAGAGCACUGCCUACGCCGGUCGCCGUCUCGACUGCGAAGACAUAUUUGAGUCAAUUGACUGUUGCGGUGGACUCGAACUCUCCGGCAUAUUCACGCGACCAGUUCAAGACCUGGGACAUAAUCUCUGGGACGUGCGAUACUAGAGAGACGGUCUUGAAGCGGGACGGCACGAACGUUGUGACGGAUAGCUCAUGCAAGGCCACAUCUGGAAACUGGGUCUCCCCAUAUGACAAUGUGGCCACGACCUUGGCGAGCGACCUCGACAUCGACCAUGUAGUUCCUCUGAAGGAGGCGUGGAUAUCUGGAGCCAGAGAUUGGACUGCUGCUCAGCGUGAAGCGUACGCGAACGACCUGACCAGACCUCAGCUCGUCGCAGUCACCGACAACCUCAACGAGUCCAAAGGCGACAGAGACCCUGCAGAGUGGAUGCCUCCGCUCGCAAGUUUCCAGUGCGAAUAUGUUCGCGCUUGGAUUACGGUCAAGCACUUUUACGACCUCACGAUCGAUAGCACGGAGAAGACGGCUCUUCAGGGCUUUUUGGAUGACUGUUGAUUGGAGCAGAAGGAGACAUGGUAGACAUAAUAAGACAUGAUACUUGUACUGAGCAGUGUUUUCGACGAUGAAGUGAAGUACUCGGAAUGUAUGGCUUGGGACGCGGACUGC